AUGGAUGAUACAAAGUCAUUGAUAUGGCGUAGUAAUGCUUGGAUAAACUCAACAACACUAUAUAAUGACUUGGUUAAACUAUGUGUUAAUGAUAAAGAAUUCACAAGUGGAUUAGCAGGCUUGUUGGAUAUGUCAGAGGUGGAUGCAUUUGCAAAGAACAUUGUAAACUUGUAUACACCAGCGUCACAGACAUUGUCAUUAAUCAAACAUCUGAUAUAUGAUGAGUUCAACUCAAAGAUGUGUUCAGAGGGAGAGGGCUGCAUACUACGUGGCAACAAUGUGGUCAACAAGAUUGAGGGAGCAUACGUUAGACUGGUAGGCGCGAACUACCUGCGCUUCGUACUCUCAGAUCUUGUUACAAGCAUCGUACAGGACAAAGACUUGCGGAUGGAGAUUGACCCGCGCAAGAUAACGGGCGAUGGCGAUGAUGAGGAGGAUCAGGACGACAAGGGCAAUGAGGUCAACUUGAUCAAUCCAGAGUUGGCCAUCAUUCAGAAUCAAAAGACAUUGAUCGACAUGGCUCAGGCAUUCAUCGAUCGCAUCACAGACCCGAUGGUCGUCGAGGAGAUGCCGCGUGAGAUUCGUGCCAUUGCUGACUACACGGCCGAGUCGGCACUCAAGUAUGCACCAGAGUCUCUAGCGCCGCUUGUUGGUGGCUUCCUCAUGCUGCGGUUCUUCUGUCCGGCGAUCGUCACGCCCGAGUACUCAAAGUUGAUCGCGCCCGAGAUAGUGCCUUCGCGGAGGGCAAAGCGCAACCUGGUGCUCCUGGCCAAGGUACUACAGAACACAUCGAAUGGCAUAGAGUUUGGAGUCAAGGAGGACUUUAUGACUUGUAUGAAUGGCUUCAUCGUGGAGAACAGGACAAAGCUGACUCAAUACUUCAACCUCAUCUGUACUGACCCACUCAAUCGCGUUCAAAAGUGGAGGGAUCUGGAAGGCAACUCUCGUGGCGGACCCAAGUCUCCUGCAACGUCCUCCACCACACCACCAGUCUCCAAAUGGACAGUAACAAUACCAUCAUCAUUCCCAAACAGUCAACAACUUCAACUUCAACAACAACAACUACUACAGCAGCAACAACAACAACAGCAAGCAGCAGCAGCAGCGGCGGCAGCGGCAGCAGCAUCCAAACAGGUGACACAACCACCUCCCUGGGAGACAUAUAUGCGCAACAUUGAGAUUCAAGACCUGUUUGAACUACAUCGUAUACUGGACAUGAACAAGGAGAAGCUGGCAACACAGUUGGCGACCAACCCCACCGUGUCUAGUGUGUUGGAUAUACUCAAGCAGCUUGGUCCAUCACCAAAGACAAAGGUGGAGAGAAAGAGGAAACAUGACACGACGGACGAGGUGUUUGAUAAGCAGCAAGCAGGCCUGAUCAAUGGUGGCUCAGGAUCAUUUGACGACCUGACCUUUAUGCUGGAGCGCGCACGUUUCCUCUUCCAAGGACCAAAUGACAAGCAUGACAAGCCAGUGUUCUACCUCAUAGUCAAUCGAAUCAAGCCCGAGGUAUUCGACAAUGUCAAUCCACUGAUCGCUCACAUCUUCAAGGUCAUGGAUGUCUGUGUCAACACAUCAUCAUACACACUAAUCGUCGAUAUGUCCUGGGCCAGCAUCUCACCAGACAUGAAGCGUGGCAUAUUCACUCAUCUUCCCAAGUUGGCAGAGGUGUUCUCGAGGAAAUAUAAGAAGAACAUUGAUAAGAUGUUCAUUGUACAUCCAUCAGCAUAUACAAGAGCAGUGGUCUACUUUAUGAGGGCGUUCACAAGUAGGAAGCUGAAGCGUAAGAUACACGAGGUAUACAAUUGGAAACAGUUGGCAACAUAUAUAGAUACAGAGAAUAUAGCACUACCAGAGACGAGCAAGGACUACAUCACCAAGAGUUAUCGAGUAGUCAAGGUCAACUCCAAGGGAAAGAGGCAAGAGAGAUUGAUUAAGUUCACAAGCAACUCAUUAUUGAAUAUCGACCCAGGUACAAAGAGAAUACAGAAUGAGAAGAGGAUAUAUGACAUUGAGGAGAUAACGUCUGCACGAGGCUCAAUCGAGAUGACAAUGAAGUUCAAAGACUCGUCAAACUCAAGUACAUCAUUGUCAGACAAUCAAAGUAAUAGCGGAAACACCAAUGGCAACAACACCAGCACGAGUAAAUCAAGGAUUGGAUUCUUGAACAUUGGAGCAAAGGUGGCAGCAGUGGCGGCGGCACAGACAGAUGGAAACAGACGAUACGUGUGCAAUGAUGAGCUGGAACGAGACCACAUCGUUCAGGACAUAUUUGAGGCAGGCUUCAAGGUUGGCCUGGCAAAGUACCCUCCGCCAAACUCAUCAUUCGGCCACCUCGGAUAUCCCCUGCCCACAGAGUAUAGAGUGAUCAAGGUGAACAACGCUGGCAAACACCAGGAGCGCACAUUCAAGUUGACCAUCGACUCGUUGCUCAACCUCGAUCAGCAGCGAAUCAAGAGCGAGAACUCGUUUGCAGGUAUCGAUGAGGUGGCACUGGACUUUGAGAACCAGGACAUUGUUUGGCUCAAGUACAAGUCAGAGCCACAGAAGCGCAAGAUCAUCUGUCGCGAGGGCGAGGGCAAGAUGUUGUUUGAGGUGUUAACAGAGGCCAUUCACAAGUAUCUCAAACUGAUCGAUAGUCAAGAAGGUGACCUCAAGUUAGCCGCAGAGGAGUCCUCCUCAGCCUAUGUAUAA